AUGUCUGCUAGCAGCGCAGCACGCGUUUUGAGCCGGGCGUCGCUCAGGUCGACCCCUUCAACCUCGGCCUUCAGAACCUCCACCCGCAAUACCGCAUUCACCCUCCCGCGCCAAACAUUCCGCCAGCAAUCAAGACGCGGAUACGCCUCGGAACCCACCAAGUCGUCCUCGUCAGGCCUCUACAUCGGCCUGGGUGCCCUCGCCGUCGCAGGUGGCGGCUAUUACUUGUACUCGCAAGGAUCUCUGUUCAAGGGAUCGGCAGGCCAGUCGAGUGGUGUCUUCACCCCGAAGAAGGAGGAUUACCAGAAGGUGUACAACGAGAUUGCCGGCCGGUUGGAUGAGAAGGAUGACUAUGAUGAUGGCAGUUUCGGGCCAGUUCUGGUGAGAUUGGCAUGGCAUGCCAGCGGUACCUUCGACAAGGAGACAGGAACCGGUGGUAGCAAUGGUGCUACGAUGAGAUUUGCUCCCGAAGGAGACCAUGGUGCAAACGCUGGGCUAGUCGCCGCACGAGACUUCCUUGCGCCAGUUAAGGCCAAGUUCCCAUGGAUUACCUACUCUGAUCUUUGGAUCCUCGGUGGCGUCUGCGCAAUUCAAGAGAUGCAAGGCCCAACCAUGCCCUAUCGUCCUGGCCGCCAGGAUAAGGAUAUGUCUGCAUGUACACCAGAUGGACGUCUCCCAGAUGCCUCCAAGGGCAGCAAGCACUUGCGCGACAUCUUUUACCGUAUGGGCUUCAACGACCAAGAGAUCGUUGCCCUUUCCGGAGGCCACGCGCUGGGUCGUUGCCACUCAGACCGCAGCGGUUUCGAAGGGCCAUGGACUUUCUCACCAACUGUCAUGACCAAUGAUUUCUACAGGCUACUCUUGGAGGAGAAGUGGCAAUGGAAGAAGUGGAAUGGUCCCAAGCAGUACGAAGACAAGACCACCAAAUCCCUGAUGAUGCUUCCCACCGACAUGGCUCUCGUAACCGACAAGGCCUUCAAGCCAUGGGUUGAGAAGUAUGCUAAGGAUGAAGAGCUCUUCUUCAAGGAUUUCUCAGCUGUCGUCACCAAGCUCUUCGAACUCGGCGUUCCUUUCACCGAGAGUGCCGAGGAGGGCCGAAUGAUCUUCAAGCCAACCAACGCUUAA